UCAUCCGACACUCGAUUUUCAUUUGUGUUCAUUUGCUUGUUCAGAAUGUAUUUGUUAAGUUUGAUACUGUUCAAUUUGAUCAUCUUCAGUGCAGGAACGAAGUUUUACGCAACGUCAAACGAAGGAGAUUCCAGAUAUUCUGAUAUUACCAUAUCAUACACAGUCUGGGUGGGCCCAGAUAUCACAGAAUCUGCAACAAUAAACAUAACAGCACCAAAGAGGACACCUUUCUAUGAAGUAAUGCAAUUGGCUAUGAAAAAGGAUCCAUAUUUUACUUUUGAAGCCACCGAAUCAACAUUUGGACAUUACAUCACCACUAUCGCAGGUCAUAAAGAAGAUAAAGCUAAGAAUAUAUUCUGGUUCAUAUACAAUUUGAAAGAAAUGCCCGAUCCUAACAGUCCACCUUCUGAUGACUUGCUCUCCCCAGUCGGUGUUGACGGCUUGAUGAUUGAGAAGGGCUACCAUUACUUGUUCUGGUACCGAAUAUGGAAGAAUUGAAAUAAUUGAAACAAUCUCAAACAUGUGAUAGUACUUACUAUGAAUCAAUACAGCUUUUAUAUUAC